CGCGGACGCGGCGCGGGGCGCGGUGGGCCGGGGCCCGGGCGCGGCGGCGGCGGCGGCGGCGGAGGAUGGCGCGCGCGGGGCCCGCACGUGGAGGCCGGCGCGGGGGCGCGGGCAGGGCCGGCUGCUGAGACGCGCUGCUGCCCCCCGCGCGGGCGCCGCGGCUUCAAUGGCGCCAUCGCCCAGGACCGGCAGCCGGCAAGAUGCGACCGCCCUACCCAGCAUGUCCUCAACUUUUUGGGCGUUCAUGAUCCUGGCCAGCCUGCUCAUCGCCUACUGCAGUCAGCUGGCCGCCGGCACCUGUGAGAUAGUGACCCUGGACCGGGACAGCAGCCAGCCUCGGAGGACGAUUGCUCGGCAGACCGCCCGCUGUGCGUGCAGAAAGGGGCAGAUCGCCGGCACCACGAGAGCACGGCCCGCCUGUGUGGACGCAAGAAUCAUCAAGACCAAGCAGUGGUGUGACAUGCUUCCGUGUCUGGAGGGGGAAGGCUGUGACUUGUUAAUCAACCGGUCAGGCUGGACGUGCACGCAGCCCGGUGGGAGGAUAAAGACCACCACGACCGGCUGGUCCUGCCUCUCCUCUCCUUGGGCCUCCCUGUUCUCUGAAUCAACAAUAUUGAAAUCAGGCCGAUGAAUAACCCUGCAGUGGCCUCUGGGUGUUCGAGGGAAAGGAAGUGGCGCACACCUCUCACUUUAAGUCGGAAACUGGAAGUGAUCAAGCUUCCCGGAGAAGGCGUGUCGAAAGCCGAGACAGGCUGAAAGCCGGGCCUCUUGCACCCGUCGGCCAAGUUAAAGAGCAGAGGAAAAAUUACUGGAGGUCAUUACAGGCGCUGCUCCAGGGAAUAUAUGAAUGAUAAGAAAGAGAUCAUAGAGAAAGUUUUAUGGUCUGGAGAGAAAAAUCAAACCAGCCACAACAUUCUCUUAAGCCAAAGCCUAAUCCAGAGCAAAGCCCCAACUCUCUUGAAUUCUGUGAAGGCUACGAGAGGGGAGGAGGCUGCAGAAGGAAAGUUGGAAUCUAGCAGACACUGACUUUGGAGUGUUAAGGAAAGAAGCCGCCUCUACCGUAUAAAAGUGGCAGCAAGUGCUGAGGGAGGUGGUGGAGCACGUUCUCCGGGAGAUCCAGCCCAGGCCAUCGGUGAAGGCGCUACAUUACGACGACAGAUUUUCAGUGUAGAUGAAACAGGCUUCUACUGGAACAAGAUGCCAUUAGGACUCUUCCCAGUGGAGAGAAGGAGUCACUGCCCGGUUUUGAAGCACCAAAGGACAGGCUGUCUCUCUUGUGAGAGGCUAACGCAGCUGGUGACUUGAAGUUGGAGAGCUGGUACUCAUUACCCAUUCUGAAAACCCUAGGUCCUUGAAGAAUCAGGCAAACCUCCUCUGCCUGUGCUCCCUAAAACGUACAGCAAGGCCUGGAUGGCAGCACAUCUGUUUAUGGUGUGGAUGACUGAAUAUUUUAAGCCCGCUGAUGAGACCUACCGCGCAGAACAGAAGAUUCCUCUCAAGAUAUUACUGCUCGUUGACAACGCACUUGGCCACCCAGGAUCCAGAUGGAGAUGUUCAGGGGGAUGAAUGCUGUGUUUCUACUGCUAACAUGCAUCCAUUCUGCAGCCCAUGGUCAUUUUGACGUUAAAGUCUUGUCUUUUAAGAAACACAUUUUGUCAGGCUGUAGCUGUCACAGUCGUGAUUCCUCUGAUGGGCCUGGGCAAAGUCAAUUACAAACCUCGUGGAGAGGAGUCACCAUUCUAGAUGUCACUAAGAACAUAUGUGAUUCGUGAGACGAGGCCAAAAUCAUCAAAAUUUGGAAGAUGUUUAUUUCAACCCUCACAAGUGGCUUUGAGAGAAUUCAGGAUUUCGGUGGCAGAAAUCACUGCAGAUGUGGUGGAAAUAGAGAAUCAGGCUCGUCCGUUUGUGCGUUCAUUCACACAUUGUGCACAUGUGUGGGACGCACAGCAGCAGAGUUCAGCAGGUGCAAAAGAGAACCUGUGGCCCCCAGAGCCACAAAUGCGUACUUUCUGACUCUGCAGCACAAGUUUGCCAGCUCCUGGACCAAACCAAUAGAAGUUCAUCACCCCCACCUGCCAAGAGUAGAUUGGCAGUCACCUGUGCAGUGCUGGCCAGGAUGGGAAGCUGGUGAAUUUGCUGGUACCUUUAGGAGACACGGCUCUGCGUAUGUAAGAGGGAGCGCCCAGGCACAAAAACCAGUUGCUUCUGACUUCAGGCAAACAUGUUUCCAACUGUCAUGAUUUUAUUACAAUAAAUACAUGAAAUAAAUGAGAGGGGAGGGCCCUACUGACCACAGCAGAAAACAAAAUAACUUGGAAGAACAUUAGUGAGAAAGGGUUGGCACCAGCAUAAAGGGCAAAGACUUACUGUGCGAAAUGAGAACAGCCUGGCACAGAGGGACGCUGUAGAACACUGCCAUGUGGGUGGGAGGGCAAGGUGUCCCAAGGCCGGCUGCUGUUUCAAAAGUUCACCUUUACCUUGAACACACCUGGAAUCCAACUUCCCAUGGGUUUUAUGAGAUGAUUUCACGUUCCACCCCAGAGUGCAAUCCAGUCUCGGGUGUCUGAGACUUUGUAACGGAAGACUCACCCAGGCAUCCUCAUCCUGCUGCCGUAGACAUGGUGUGGACAGCAGGAGAGGAGGAGCUGUCUGGGCUCUGGGCAGCCUGUGAGCAGCUCUGGGAUUUGGGCGGCCUGCCUGGCACAAGCCUGGGUCCAACCACUGGCCCGCCUCAGGAGUUAACACAAGAACCACGUUCGGCAGAGUCCCCGCACAUAAUUAAAUGCUGAACAAGACGUUAGCUCUUCUGACCGCUGUUUUCUGAUCCACAAAAGAGAUCCAAGAAACAGCCCAGCUCUGAAAUGAGCCCAAUGAUCCUGAGACGUGAAUAUGGACUCAAUAAGCAUCUCAGAUCAGUGAGGAUGGGACACAGUUCCCCGCAGCAGGUACUGGCAAAAUCAGCUUUGGAUUGGGGGAAAAACCCAGGUGGGACUCUGACCUCACACCAUGUUCAAAGCCAAAUUUUCCAGGGAUUGUGGAGUGAAUGAGGGCAAGGAGGAACUGGAGAGGAACAUUCAGCUGCGGCGCUGUGAGGAAGGGCACUGCGACACCAAACCCAGCCGGAGAAAUCCGUGAUGGCAGCAGACACCCACCCCAUGUGCCUGAGCACUCAGGUGGAUUAACUCAUUCUGACCACUGAUCAUGGGCUGCAGGCUGUUCCCAUCCCGUCUCACAGAUGAGGAAACAGAGGCACCGUGCUGGUAAGUAACGUCCCGAAGGCCACCCACGAGCAGCAGCACUGGGAUCCUACCCAACAGCUGGGAGGAGCUGGAGCCCCUGAUGUCCUCUAGCCACCCCGACUGACUCCAGAACCCCAAACACAGGGCAGUCAAGAGACCAGAAGGCAGAUGGCAGCAUGAGGAGGAGGAGGUGGGUCCCAGCCGGCGAGCGUGUCUCAUCACCUUGUGAUACUCACCCUCCACGGGAAGAUGGGCAAAGUCUGCAAAUAGAGAAUUCCCAAAAUACGAAUUGAAGCGGCCAGGAAAAACAGCAGAGACAGUCACUGCCAAGCAGGUGACCAACAUGUGCACACAGAUGCCGCUGGGUUCAUUUGUGGUUUGAUUUUUAUCUGAUUUUCUUUUGAGUGGACUUGAAGGAUGCUAACAGGAAUGAGGUCCACCAGUCUCUCUGGAAAGCAGUUAUGCAGUAUCCGCUGAGAGAAUCUGAAAUUUGUACUCAUCCUGCUUUGGAAGACAGUUUGGCAGCGGCCAAAGAUGAUGGAGUUACCGAGGGGUCCAGCACUUCGUACUCCUAGAGUCCAUCCACCCAAGAGAAAUGAGAACGUGUCCACACGCAAUCCUGGACAUGCCUGUUCUUCACAGCACUGUUCCCAACAGCCAGAAAGUGGAAACAGCCCAGGUGGUCAUCAGCGGACUCACAGAGACACCUUCCUAUACAGCCAGGACUGGAAUAUUACUCAGCCUUAAAAAGGGAUGGCGUUCUGAAGAACCGCCAAAGGGGAGGGACCUCGGAAACAUGGUGCUGAGUGAAAGGAGCCAGUCACAACAGUCUUCCCUGGAGGAGUGCAGUGGUGUGAAGCGCCUGAACGGGCCAGGCCACGGAGGCUGAAAGUGGCCCCGUGGCUGCUGAUAAUAGGCGUGGCUUUUGUUGGAGGAUAUGAAGGUGUCCUAAAGUUGAUUGUCAUGAUGGUUGCCCAACUCUGGGGAUAUGCCUCCCACCAGGGCAGCUCGGGGUCCUCAUGGCUACUUGGGGUGGCCAUUUGCCACUGCUCAGAAUUCAGUGCUAUGAUGGGACACAUUCACUGUCUCCAGCUCCUCCUUUUACCACCGGGUUCUAAACCAAGCCACCCCUAGUAUGAGUGUCGCACCUGGAUCCUGGUAUUCGUGAUUCAGAACAGCGAGCCUGAAUGCUCUGCUCUCUUCUCCAGAAAGGGAAAAUCAUGGCCUGUCUGUGAAGGCAGCAGCUCAGUAGAAAUAGCCAACUGCAGCCCGCCACUAGCCCAGCACUGCUGAGGACCCUCCCCCGCAUCAGGGCCCAGUUUCUGGAAGCUUCUAGGAACUUCUCAAAGACCCAAAGAUAGCUCUGAGGCAAAGAAAGGAAAUAUGCCAUUGGAAAGACAGAAAUAUAAUUUUCCCAUAUUUAAAGUUUUUUUUUUUUAAACAUAGAAGUAAGUUAGACUAUUUAAUCAACCAAGAAAGAUGUAUUCUUACAGCUUAGCAACUUGCAGAAAAUGUUGAGACUGCCAUCUGGUUCUCUGUCAACGCUAAGUGAAAGAGUACACACCUUUCUUUCCAGGGUCCUGGCACUGCCCACCCUGCGUCCCUCCCUAGCUCUCCGCCUCAUGGCACAGAAGGGCUGCACGAUGCAUGCCUGUGCACGCUAAUUCCAGCUUUGAUUAGGGUGGAAUCAUCCUGGAGACGUGUGCACGCAGGCACUGUGUCCUCUGGGGCAGGCAAGUGGCUGGCACUAUAAUUGCUGAGACAGGGUUAGACAGCUAUAGCAGUCCACAUGUCUCCAGAGGUGAUAACUGAUCUUUGAGCUCAGUGCUCAGGUUAACAAUGACCUAUAAAGGACGAAGUGGAGAGCAGAUCUGGGAGGGGCAUGUGAUGGCUUGGUCCGCCUCUGUUUGUCAUGGGUUUGCUUGCCUUGCUUGGGGACUGGGUCACCUGGUGCAUCUUUCCCUCUCGGAGCUGACGGCGCCUCCCAUGCAUUUACCGUGCCCGGUUCCCUUUAUUCCCCUGCGUGAGGCGCAAUUCCUCCGGAGCCGUCAGCACACGCUGAGUCAGCAGAAGCUCUGGGGUCUCUGCCUCCUCGACUGCCCUGCCUGGGCCACAGGGUCUGCUUUCCACAUGGGAGGUGGGUCGGUGCCCUGAUGUGCUGAUUCCUCAGAGCCCACUGAGUGCCCAUCUUCCUGGGCACUGCCACCCACACCCACCCCAGCUCACUGUUCUUAACUAGCAUGGAGAGGAGCUCGUGCUGCAGGCCCCUCUCCGUUAGCCCUGGAGAGGGUGAACGGGUGUUCCAGGCUUUUUAACAGGACCCAACAGUGACUUUGCUAACCGGGAGCCCCAAGGAGAAGCCUCCACCCCACCGUCCUGCAUGUGGCCUCCCUGACUAGCAGGACACAGGGCAGGAGGUGGCUGCAGGAGUAGAGGUCCUGGGUGGGGCAGGUGAGCCAGUGGCUUUGGGGACGCACAGAGCCUCCAGACUCGGGCCCUCCCUGUGUGUUUGCAGAUGAGACACAGCAAUAUCCUCCACUCUGGCUGCAACGACCAGUAACCUUCUCGCCUGUAAGGAACAGCAGCAGGAGCUGGGCUGUGCAGCUCACCAAGGGGCUGGGGUAGAAUCAGGGACUCUCCACCUUCCAGAGCCUCAUUUUCUCCAUCUGUGCGUGAGCUCAGUGAGCUUUCCCACCGCAUAGUGAGCAAAGGGGACCUGCUUGCUAAGGGGCAGGGAUGGAGCUGUCCCCUCGCCUUGGGUAGCCGGUCUGCCUCGAGCUUCUCCCUUCCUAACUUGGCAGCGCUAUGGCUUCAGAACCGUCUCCAUGGACGUCCAGCACCGUCACUGGCCCACGCUCUCAGCCAGGGACAGAUGCCAGAGAGCGGAUGGGCUCAGCAUGUCACAUGUCCACCCCCGGAUGGAGAUUUGCACAUGAGAGCCCAGCCCUGGUGUUGGGGCAGUUCACAGAGAAGGGGUGGCUGCCAUGUGACCUUGCAGGGUCUGCAGGUGCAGUGCUAAGGAUGUGCCCCCUACAGCUGGCCUCAGAAUUACCCUGUUCUCGGUGGGGCUCAGUGACCCCUGCCCUGACCCCUGAACACCCUGGGACUGUGGCAGGUGAGCAGUGGAGCAGGGACGGGGAACGGCCCUAGAAAUAGCAGCACUGAUGACAGCAUGGCCUCGGGUCCCAUGUACCUCCUCGCAGGGCCCCGAGCCAGCACUCAGGGAGUCUGCAGCAUCUCGGAGGAAGUAGGGGACCAGUGUCCCUGAGGUGUGCCCAUGGCACUCCUGCGUUGGACUCUCUGGGUGUUCCCUCUCUGUGGUUCUUAUCUGCACAGAUGGAGAAAAUGAGGCUAUGGGAGGUGGGGAGUCCAUGAUUCCAUGCCAGCCCCUUGGUGAGCUGCCCAGCACAGCUCCUGCCCCCAGUUUCCACCCUGAGAAGCUGGAGCCAUCCUCACCACUGGGUCUGCCUCUGAGCACCUUGGAGUCACCCAUCAUGUUCCCCAGCACCUCCUGCAUCGCACGUGGAGUGGAAGGUGGUGGGAUUCUAGGCGUUUUCUGCACGUGAACUCCAGAGAGAGUCCUCAAGUCCCUGAGCCCACGGGUCAGCCCCUCAGAAAGCAGCUCUUAUGGACUGAACUGCACCCCGCAAAUCUAUACACUGAAGCCGUGACCCCCAGUCUGAACAUCUCCUUUAACUCCCAUUGGAGAUGGGACAUUAAAGGAAAGAAGGUUAAGCGGGGUCCUUGCGGUGGGCCCUGAUUCCAGAGGACCUUGUCUUUCUAAGAAGAGGAGAUCAGGACACAGACAGACGCGGAGCAGAGCCUGCGUGGGCUCGGAGACGCCGUCUGCACGCCGAGGAGAGAGGGUCAGAACCCAGCCCCACACACCUGCGGGCCGCGGACAUCAGCCUCCUGGGCUGCGGGCAGCCACUGUGCCUUGUUCAAACCGUCCAGUCGGGGGUGCUUGGUGAGGGCAGCCUCCUGGAUGAAGGCUCGUAGAAGCUGAUGAGGAAGGCGGCUGUGCGUUUCUCCUUGUUCUGAGUUAUAAUGUACAAUGCUAAUGCUGAGCUCUGGAAACUAAACAGCUUUUCUUUUUUGUGGAUAUUAAGAACCCCAUGGCUGGGGGUAUACACUGUUCCUAUCCCGGGUUACAGAUGGGGAAAUGGGGGCUCCCAGAGGCUCCAGCUGGGAGGCUGUGGGAGGUCGAGGCACCUGCCGAACUCAGGGGGGUGUCUGCCUCACUGGCUCCCCUGCCCCACCCGAAGCUCCCUAUAGUUCCUCCCUCAGUCCUUCACCAGGCACACAGGGCCCUGCCAGUUCAUGAAAAGAACUGACCCCCCUGCUCCACCACCACCAGGAGGACGGUCCCGGUGUUGGGAAACCUGCUUCACAGUGGAGGACACAGGCAGCAGCAUGGAGCAUGGUUUUAGUUGGAGCCGACGUCAACACAGGGAUGUGGAGGGGCUGGGGAAGGCCCCACCCACAAAGAGCCCAGCCAGAGCAGGGGGGCAGGAGACAGGUGUGCUGAGUGGUGUGGUGGAGCAGGUGGUGCAGCAGACCAGGUGGCAUGGCAGACCAGGCCACAUAGGGGACCAGGUGGCGUGGUAGGUCUGGUGGCACAGUGGACCAGGUGGCGUGGUGGACCAGGUGGUGUGGUGGGCCUGGUGGCACGGUGGACCAGGUGGUGUGGUGGGCCUGGUGGCGUGGUGGAGCUGGCAGCACAGUGGAGUGGGCAUCACGGUGGGCCUGGUGGCACGGUGAACCAGGUGGCGUGGUGGGCCUAGUGGCAUGGUGGACUAGGUGGCGUGGUGGGCCUGGUGGCACGGGUGACCAGGUGGCGUGGUGGGUCUGGUGGCAUGGUGGAGCUGGCAGCGCAGUGGAAUGGGCAUCAUGGUGGGCCGGGUGGCAUGGUGGACCAGGUGGUGUGUUGGGCCUGGUGGUGUGGUGGAGCUGGCAGCACAGUGGAGUGGGCAUCAUGGUGGGCCGGGUGGCAUGGUGGACCAGGUGGUGUGGUGGGCCUGGUGGCAUGGUGGAGCUGGCAGAGCAGUGGAGUGGGCAUCACGGUGGACCAGGUGGCGUGGUGGGCCUGGUGACACGGUGGACCAGGUGGUGUGGUGGGCCUGGUGGCAUGGUAGAGCUGGCAGAGCAGUGGAUUGGGCAUCACGGUGGACCAGGUGGCGUGGUGGGCCUGGUGACACGGUGGACCAGGUGGUGUGGUGGGCCUGGUGACACGGUGGACCAGGUGGUGUGGUGGGCCUGGUGGCAUGGUAGAGCUGGCAGAGCAGUGGAUUGGGCAUCACGGUGGACCAGGUGGUGUGGUGGGCCUGGUGGCAUAGUGGAGCUGGCAGCGCAGUGGAGUGGGCAUCACGGUGGGCCGGGUGGCACGGUGGAUUAGAAGAGGAGAGGCGGCCCUGGGAUGCUCAGCGGGGAGGGGCCCAGAACAGUCAGGAUUUCUCCCGUGAUUCCCAGGGGCCGAAUCCCCAGUUGGGAGCUGAGGUGCGAUGAAGCCCAAGGGCUGAGGGUCCGAGGUGGGUCCUCCACUGCCUCCCUGCAGCCCACACUGGGCCCGGCAGGGCGGAGAUGUUGGGGCGAUGCUGCCUCGUCCCACCCUCAGCCCAGCCCUGGGAUGCAGGCUCAGCGGCCCCUGGGUUCCAUCAGCGGCCCCAGGACUCACUCGGGUCAGGCACAGUGUCCAGGCUGUGUGAGUCUCCAGGAGCUGCUGGAACAAAAUAGCAUGUACGCUGUGGUUUCGAACUACAGAAACCCGUUCUCACGGUUCUGCCUCCUGGAGUCUGACGGGCCUGCUCCCUUGGGAGGCUCCAGCAGAGGGUCCUCCCUGCCUCUUGCAGUGGCUGUGGCUGACGGCAUCCUUGGCUGUGGCUGCACGGCUCCAGCCUCUGUGUCUGUUUGCGUGGGGCCGUCUGCGCUGAGUCCAGAUUUCCUUCUCCCUGUAAGGGAGUGGUGCCCACCCUAAUCUGGUAUGACCCCACUCUAACUCGAUCACAUCUGCUAGAACCUGAUGCCGAGUCAGACCCACUCACAGGUAGGGGUCAGGAUCUCCCGUCUCUUACUGCAGACCGAAGCUCUAAGUCGAAUACAGCACGUCUCCGCUGCUGAGCUCAUGGAGGAGGGGGAGGGCCGGCAGGUGCGUCUUCAUUCCGGCGUACCAUGGCCAGGAGCGGACUUUGGGGCAGCUGAGGUCCGAUCUGCCAGCCCAGCUGCGUCGGGGGAGCCCCUCCACCCUGAGGGAAAGAACCCUGCCCACAUUCGGCUCUCCCACCCGCCUUGUUUAUGGCAGAUCAAUAAAUGUUUGAUGGGUGAACAAAUGAUCCUCAGCACCAUCCUCAGCCGCCGCCCCCACCUGCCUCCACGUGCCAGGCAACUCCACGAGUGUUGCUUGGGGGCCCAGGACACUGUCUUGCAUGAGGGAUCACGACAGUUGUGAUGAGUUUGGGGGAUUUUACUUGUGAAUUUUUCCUUGUAGCUUUAUUCACAGGGCUGGGUUUGCCGUCGGGGAAGCUGAGUCACGCCUGCCAUGGUCUGCCGAGAUGGAGUUAUACCCCAACCCUGCCUAUGCAGCCCAGCGGCACGGGGGAGGGAGACUAGUUCCCAGAACACACAUCUUCAGCUAUGAGGAAGGAGCUAAUCCUGAGGACGAUGGUAGCUCCGUGACGGCCCUUAGUUCCUGACACUUUUUGGUGGGGUCAAGGAGAUUGAGGGGAGCUCCGGGCCCUGUGCAUUGAGCAUCGCUCCAUAGGGCUUGGCUGACUCCAGCUCCAAAGCAGGGGCACGGACUGUGGUUCUCUGGUGACCCCAGACAAAUGAAAGCCACGCUUGGCACAGCUUCACCUCCUGAAAAGGGGAGGUUUUCAGAGUCUCGUGGGAAGAAGCGUGGCGCAGGGCGCUGAGCCGUAGGAAGAGUUGGGGCUUUGCUUGCGCCCUGGCUCCGCACCUUGGGGAGCAGCCCCAGAAGAGAAGCCAAAAGCUUCUGUGGGCAUGGGUGGGACGUGGGAUGUAUUUCCAGAGCUGCUGCCCUGAUUUCCCUUGGGUUUUUCCCACGGUACGGUAUCCCUCGUCCCAGGCGUCCGUGAGGUGGGACCUCGGUCAUCACACUGUCUUGCCGGUUUCUUUUGCUGUUUACGGGAACCUUUUGCACGGGCUCAGGCCCAGCACAGCGGCUCACGUCUGUAAUCCCAGCACUUUGGGAGGGCGAGGUGAGCAGAUCACCUGAGGUCAGGAGUUUGAGAGCAACCUGGCCAACAUGGUGAAACUCUGUCUCUACUAAAAAUAUGAAAAUUAGCCAGGUGUGCUGCUGAGCUACUCAGGAGGCUGAGGCAGGGGAAUCACUUGAACCCAGGAGGCAGCAAUUGCAGUGAGCCGAGAUGACGCCACUGCACUCCAACCUGGGUGGCAGAGCAAGAAUCUGUCUUAAAAAAAAAACAAAACUGUUUUCCUUGAUACAGCAGACUCCUCCUGACCUUAAUGUCACAUGGAAACUUCCAGUGAGGAAGAGAAAGUAUCAUUUCCUUGUUUGAAUGGGGCUGGGCGGUUUGGUUUUCUUGUCUGUGAACACAGAGUAAACCUCUUAUGUAAGCUGAACACACUCCACGUGCUAGGACCAUGCCCUCUGCUCAUUCCUGAUGGAAAAGCUUGUGUGGGCCAAGGAUCGGGUGCCCGCAGGUGAAGCAGGCAGCUCCGGCCACCCCGUUCACGUCGGUGUGUCGGGCGCCCACAGUCCGCUGUGAUGGCAAGCUCACUCUGGGGCCAGUUCUGAGCCUCUGGGAAUCAGCUUCCGGAAGAGUGGCCGCAGACUGGAGGAGGCGGACCUCGGCCUGUGGCUGUGGAUGACUGAGUGCCCACGCACCCAGCAGAGGGGAGCUCAGAGCCCGCUCCCUUUCCUGGCCCCGGGGGUGCAGUGAGGAGCCCCCACCCAGGCCACAAGAGUCCACGGGCAGCAGCUCCAGGAAGCCAGGAGGGGAGGCGUCCGAGGCUCCCUGUCUCAAAGGUGUGAGUGUGGGACCUCUCUGCCCCUGGGGCUGCCCCUCACCCCUGAGCCUCAGGGCCUGCUGAGUGUGGGUUCUAAUCCCACGGCCCUGUUCAGUGGACAAGGCUGUGACAAGGUAGCUGCAAGGUCAUUCCCAGAGUAGUGGCUGGUGCCCAGGAGCUCAGGAACUGCAGCUGCCCAGGGUGCUGGAGAUGGCCCCGGCUCUGAGGGAACCUGGGAUUUGGGGAGGCCCCACAGCUGUGAGACCCCCAUCAUCUUACCCCCAGCUGAGAAAGGGAUUAAACACAAGGCAGAUGAGGCCUAACCCAGGUGAGCAGGUGCCUGGAGGUACCCGCCCAGGAGGCAGCAUCAGGGUGGGCUCAGAACUUUCCACAGGGCCAGGGUCCCAAGAUGAAUUUCCUGACCAAGGUUGUCUCAAGGGCAGAGUCUCAGGGCUACCUGGGGCCCAGGGAAGGGGUGGGUGUCGGGGGAAGCUGAGCCCGAGAGUCCUCCGGGGGCCAGAUGGGACUCGGGACUGUGUGAGGAUGGCGGCAGAGAUCCGGCAAUUCGCCUCCCUGGUGAGGGCAGUGAGGAUUGCCGGAAGCACCAGAAACUCACAGGGGCCUGGAGUGGACCCUCCCUCAGAUCCUCAGCCGGAACCAGCCCUGUGCACACCUUGAGCCUGGGAAAGAAUAAGUGCCGUUUCAGAUCCCAUCCUCAGUGUGUGGUCAUGUCCCUGGGCAGCCACCGGGGAGGCACACAGACCUGCAGAGGCCCAGCAUGGACGGCCGGGGGAGGGUGGCUCCGUGGUGGGGGUAUGGCCAGGUCCCCCAGCCUGCAGCGGCUGUUCUGGGUGAGUUCCGCAGUCUAUGGCCGCAGAGGCCCAGGAAGCUGGGAGGGGUUUGAAUAGGAUACAAGAAAUGGGGAGCCACAGGUGGUUCUUGAACUGGGGAGUGGCAGGGUGAUAUGGCUGCACAGAGGAAGGAAGCCAGCAGAUAGGAGUGGGAAGGGCUACACUGAGGCUGACGGCCCCUCCAGGUCAUGCACAGAGGGCGCCCCACCCUCCUGAGUUAUGAGGAAGGGUGGGUGAUUUGUGGGUUGGGUGAUUUGGGGGUGCCAUCUGGCAGCCUGGAUGUGUCCCGAAGACAGGACGGGUUUUUAGUUUCAGGCCCUCCAGCAGGCCGGCUGGCAGGAGCUGGGCAGGGAAGAGGAGCCUGUGUCCCGUGUGGCCCAGGGCAGCGUCUGCAGAAGGCUCACCCCCGCUCUCUCUUUGCU